AUGAGUAUUACAAUCAUUUCUGGAGGACUGGAACCCCAAACGAAAGGUAUCAAGAGAUCAUCAGCAGCCACCAUCACUAUGAUGGCUGACAGGUUCCCUAACUACCACAACCACUUCACCACCACCAUCACCACUGUACGAGCAGUUGCAGGUCAAGAUAGUGCAACAAGCUAUGAGGCUCCAGCAGCAGUAGGUCAAGGGGAUGCAACAUGGUAUGAAGCUCCAGCAGCUGCAGGUCAAGGGGUUGCAACAUGGUAUGAGGCUCCAGCAGCAGCAGGUCAAGGGAAUGCAAAAUGGUAUGAGGCUCCAGCAGCAGCAGGUCAAGGGGAUGCAACAUGGUAUGAGGCUCCAGCAGCAGCAGGUCAAGGGGAUGCAACAUGGUAUGAGGCUCCAGCAGCAGCAGGUCAAGGGGAUGCAACAAGCUAUGAGGCUCCAGCAGCAGCAGGUCAAGGGGCUGCAACAUGGUAUGAGGCUCCAGCAGAGUCCAUUCCAUCCAGUAAUUACCCCCAGCCACCACCCAUGGCCUCAGUCUUUGUCACCUGA